GGCAGCCGGUUAAAGUUUACAAGUGUUGCCUGGGCUUCAGUGACUCGUCAUGUCUCUCUCUGCCUUCGUGGCUGUCUGUGGACUCAGAUAGGGAGGGCGUACGAGCUCCAGCGUAAAAUUACAUCGGUUAUCACAGAAGAUACGUAUGUGCAUGUAUACCCAGCUGGCAGUAACAAACACCCAGUGAGGACAAGGACUACACCUCGUGUUGUUUGAUUUGUCAACUCACAGUUCAGUAGUUACAGGUUUUAAAGAUGUAACGCUAUUGGUCAAUCCUGAGAAAUGGGGAGAAACUUGAGAGAGCAGUGUAAUGGAAGGAAAAGGAGGAGACUCAGUGAGAUAGAGAUCAGUUAUUCAUGUGGGACAGAGGCCUGGAGGGACGUGGAGUUCAUUAUGGGAUGCGUGCAAAGCAGAGCGGCAUGAUGGUCACUGCGUGCUCAGGGGAGAAGAGGCGAAGGAAGGGUUAUGGUAGUCAUCGUUCCCAGUCCACGCCUGACGGUGAGAAUGAAGACAACACUUCCAUGACCUCCUUUGGUGUUGCUGUCCGAGGCCUCCCCCUGGCCUUGGCAUCCAUGACACAAGCUGCCUCUUCAGACUCACGCUUUCACCCAAAAUGGCGGGCGAUCACUGUGGCGACCCUGCUGGCUUUAGUGUUAAUAUUAUAUCUACAUCGGACAGUAGGGGACAGAGACACUACUACCAGAGGCUACUACCGCAACAGGGCUCACAGUCUGCAACUGUACGGUGAGGGUGAGGAUGACAUCUUCCAGGACACUAACAGACAAACUGCACGAAGCCUCGCCCGCCGUCAGAAAAGGGAAAAACCUUACAAUGACACUUACCCGUUAAGCCCACCAGAGAAGACGGAGAACGGCAUCCGCUACCGUAUAGGCGUGAUCGCUGACCUGGACACAGCAUCACGUAGCUCUAAGGAUCAGACGUGGUUCAGCUACAUGAAGAGAGGUUAUCUGACUGUUUCAGAGAGCGCUGACAGGCUGGAGGUGGAGUGGGACGCAGAGACUGUCACCCUGGAGAGUCACUUGGCUGAGAAAGGACGAGGUAUGGAGCUGUCGGAGCUUGUGGUGUUUAAUGGUCACCUGUACAGUGUAGACGACCGUACAGGUGUGGUGUACAGGAUCGAGGGCAACCAGGCUGUCCCCUGGGUUAUAUUACCUGACGGCGAUGGCUCAGUCUCCAAAGGGUUCAAGGCAGAGUGGCUGGCAGUGAAGGAUGAGCGCCUGUAUGUUGGUGGCCUGGGGAAAGAGUGGACCACAACCUCAGGGGAAGUCGUCAACAACAACCCAGAGUGGGUUAAAGUUGUUGGGUACCACGGCGACGUGGAGCACGAGAACUGGGUGCCAUACUACAAUGCCCUGCGGAGUGCAGCAGGGAUACAACCACCAGGCUACCUUAUCCACGAAUCAGCGGCUUGGAGCGAGCGUCUCCAGCACUGGUUCUUCCUGCCCCGCCGUGCCAGUCACGAGCACUAUGAGGAGACGGCGGACGAGCGGCGUGCCACCAACCUCCUCCUGUCCUGCCCCGCAGACUUCAGCUAUAUAACCGUGCGGCACGUCGGACCGCUCAACCCCACCCACGGCUUCUCCUCGUUUAAGUUUGUUCCGGACACGGACGAUCAGAUUAUUCUGGCCCUAAAAUCGGAGGAGGACGCAGGCAGGAUCGCCACCUACAUCAUUGCAUUUACACUUGACGGUCGGGUGCUGAUGCCCGAGACAAAGAUCGGGGAUGUGAAGUAUGAGGGGCUGGAGUUUAUCUGACAGUGACAGGGCUGAAGGUGCACAUGUCCCUGAAGGCUAACUCUAAAGGUGUCCUCCAUGUUUCAGAGAAUUAAGAAGUGGACUGUUUUUAUGCAACACUGUUGUCUAAAGUCUUAAGUAUUACAUUCCCCUCUACUGUGCAAUAACACCGUAUGACACAAAACUAUAUAUUUCAUAAUUAUAUUACAUGAUGACAGAGAGGUGCAGGAGAGAGCCAGGGGAGGACAAUUAAGUCUCACCAGCUACAGACCUUUGUGUGACUGAUGCAGCCAAGUGCUGACUGGUUACACACAGCAGUCACACACAAUCUGUCACCAGUUAGUCACCACCCCAUGAGAUUUUUUUUUUAAUGCUUUAAAGCCUUAACUACCUUAUAUCAGUGCUGGUAGCUCAACAUUGUCUCAAUCAGUCAGAUAUCCUGGUUUGACUGGACACUGCUGAAAUCCCAGAGGAGUCUGGGUAAAAAGGUUUGUUCAUUAGUAGCUGUCGGUCCGUCAGACACCAGGUUGAGGUGGACCUCCUCUCCUGCAGCCAAACUCUGCUGGUCAGACACUCAGGGGAACAAAGUGAAGAUAUUUUAAAAAAGAAUAGAAAUGAAUGUUCUUAAAUGACUUGAAAUUAUAAGUAUACUCAUUUCUCUUGUGUUUUAUUUAAUCUGUUUAGACACACUGAAGUUUCUCUUAUUAAAUUUAUAUCGAUGUAGCAACCUCUGCUCUGUAAACCUGAUAAGUUAUUCUGGGCAGGUUCUGCUCAAAUGUUGGAUCACGUGUUAAAGUAAAUAUCAUUAGCUUCUCAAGCCAGAGAACAAGUGAAACACCAGCCAUUUCAUUAACUAUUAAUAUAUUCCUUUUGUAUCCUCUCAAAGUGCAAAUUAAAAAAUCUUUUUACCUUU